GCAGCCGAGCCUCGCAGCCACCACCGCUCACUCGGCGUCAGCCAUGUUGUUGUUGCGACACACACUGAGCUGUCAGCAACAGGUUCUCUGAGUAACAACGCUGCGAAACUUUGGCAUUUCUCAGACAAACGGCGCCUUCUUUGGAUCAUAAACUUCCGCAGUGUGUCCGGGGAACAGCGUCCAGAGGUGUUGGAUGAGAACUCCGGGCCGCUCAGAAGCUCGGAAGUUGGGUGUUUUUUUGGCCGCGGUGAGAGAGAUGGCUGCGAGCAGUAGCUGAGGACGCCGCCGGGAGUUCCCCCCUCUGACUCUGCCACCUGCAAAAAUGAAUGGUGGUCCAAGUAUAUGGGCGAUCUCUCCAGAGGAGAGAGACAAACAUGAUCAGAAGUUUGACACCCUCUCCCCAUCAAUGGGCUAUGUCUCAGGGGAGCAGGCUAGGAAGUUUUUCCUCCAGUCAGGACUGACUGCCUCGGUGUUGGCAGAGAUAUGGGCUCUGGCUGAUAUGAAUAAAGAUGGGAAGAUGGACAGGUUGGAGUUUUCCAUCGCAAUGAAGCUCAUAAAACUAAAACUGCAGGGUACAUCGCUUCCAUCAGCACUGCCAAUCAUCAUGAAGCAGCCUCCAGUGCGUGCUCCUACCCUCAGUAAUCCCACCUCAUCCUUGACCAACCCAGCCUAUGGUAUGGGUACUCUGCCGAACAUAUCCAUGAUGCCUGGGACAAACCUUACCAUGUUGACCCCUAUCUCCAUGGCAACUCCUGGACUUUCAACUUUGACACCAAUGACAGGCAUGAGUCCUCUAAUGGUCUCAACCCCCAGCAGGCCCCUGAUGCCCACCAUGGGAAACGCCACCCUGCCAAAUGGCACCAUGGGAAUUCUCCAUCCAAUGCCAGCUGGAACACUGGCCACUGGCAUACCUUUCUCUGCAUCCUCCUACUCCUCUCCUCUGGGACUAACCACGGGUGGCAUGAACAAGGCCUCAUCGCUGCUGGAUCUAGGAUCUGUCAGCUCAGCUUCCUCGUCCCCCUCUGUGAUGUCCCCUCUGGUUUCUGGUCCCAGCGAUUGGGCUGUGCCACAUGCCUCCAGACUCAAAUACAGACAGCAGUUCAACAGCUUGGAUAAACAGAUGAUUGGAUACCUCACUGGUCAGCAGGUGAGAGGUGCCAUGGCGACCACGAUGCUGACUCAGACACAGCUGGCCUCCAUCUGGAAUCUAGCUGAUGUGGAUAAGGACGGCAAGCUGAAAGCAGAAGAGUUUAUUCUGGCAAUGCAUCUUGUGGACGUGGCAAAGAGUGGACAUCCACUGCCGCUGACACUGCCAACAGAGCUGGUACCACCCUCACAAAGGACUGCAAUGAAUGGAUCCAGCCCUUCUCCAGCUCUGAUCGAUGACUUGGACAUAGAACCUCCACAGAAAGCCAAACCCAACUACUCGUUUGAGGAUAAAUUCAAAGCUAACCUCGAGCGAGGAAAUGCAGAGCUGGAGAAAAGACGACAGGCUCUGCUGGAGGCGGAGAGGAGGGAGCAGGAGCGGCGCGCUCAGAAGGAGAAAGAGGAGCGAGAGAGGAGAGAGAAGGAGGUGCGGGAGGCUGAGGAGAGGAGGAGGAAAGAGGAGGAGAGGAGGCUGGAGCGACAAAGGGAACUGGAGAGGCAGAGAGAAGAAGAGCGGCAGAGAGAGAUUGAGAGAAAAGAGGCUGCACAGCGGGAGCUUGAGCGCCAGAGGAAGGAGGAGUGGGAGAGGAGGCGGCGAGGAGAGCUCCAGAUAAAGAAGGAGCAGGAGCAGGAUGAUAUCAUCAAAUUGAAAGCGAAGAAAAGGAGUCUGGAGAUGGAGCUGGAGGCUGUGGGUAACAAGCACCGUCAGAUCUCAGACCGGCUUCGAGACUUUCAGAACAAGAAGAAGCUUCAGAAGACAGAGCUCGAUCUGACCAAUCAAAGGAUAGAGACACGCCAGCAGGACAUGAUCAACCUGCAGAAACAGCUAGAGGAGUUCCAGAGGAAGUUGUCCCAGCUGACUCCGGAGCAGAAGAGACUGACGGAGAAACUCAAAAACAUGGCUCUGAAUAACAUGCCUGUGUCAACCAUAUCCGCUCUGAAGAUUGGCACCACAGAGAAAAAGGGGACAUGUAUGAAACUGCAAGAGCAGCUGGAAGCUCUGGAGAAAGAGACGGCUGCCAAACUGGCUGAUAUGGACCAGUAUAACAAAGACAUGCAGGAACUCAGAGAGAGCCAGAGAAAACAGCAGGCAGCACUGGAGAAACUAAGGAGCAUCAAAGAGGACAAACGGCGUGAGCUGGUCAGGGAGAAGCAGCAGGAAGAGGAGAAGAGGAGGAGGGAAGCUGAGAGGAAACAACAGGAGGAAGAGCGGAGGCAGAGGGAGGAGGAGGAAGCUCAGAGGCGCAUUAAGAUGGAAAAAGAGCGUCAGUGGCAGGAGAAGCUGAGGAGGGAUGAAGAGGAGCGUCUUCGGAAACUUCAGGAGGAGAGAGAUGCCAAAAAGAGGGAGGAGGAGGAGAAAGAGAGACAAGCUUUAAUCCAGGCUGCCAAGGAAGAGGCUGAACGAGAGCUCAGAGCCAAGGAGGAGGCAGAGCGGAAGAGAAGAGAGGUGGAGGAGCGGAAGAAAAGAGAGGAGGAGGAGCGGCAGAAGCAAGCGGAGAGACGCAGACAGGAGGAGGAGAGGAGAAAGCUGGAGGAGGAGCGGAGGCAGCUAGAGGAAGAGAGGAGAAGACUGGAGGAGGAGAGGAGGAAAGAGGAGAAAAGACGGAAAGAGGAAGAGGAGCGACGCAGGAGGGAGGAUGAGAGGAAGAGGCUAGAGGAGGAGCGGAGAGAGGAGGAGCGCAGAAGAGAGAGGGAGGAGGAGGACAGGAGGAGACAGAGGGCGGCCGAGGCGGCUGUCCGAGAUGCAGAGGAGAGGAGAAAGCGGGAAGAGGAGGAGAGGAGAAAGAAAGAGGAGGAGGAAAGGAGAAAGAGGGAUGAAGACAGGAGGAAGCUCCAGCAGCAGCAGGAGGAGGAGAGGAGGAGGCGUGAAGCAGACAGGAAGAGGAUAGAGGAGGAGAGGAAGAGAAAGGAGGAGGAAGAGGAGAGGAGGAAAGCCGAGGAGGAGAGAAAGAGGUCUGAGGAGGCAUCUCGUCAGCAGCAGCAGCCGAGUGGAGGAGGGAAGGUGGACAUCCAGGAGAAACUGACGGCUCUGCUGAGAGGACUGGAGGAGAGGAAGGGUGGGCAGCCCAGGGCCACACAACACCGGAAGUCAGCAGCUCUCACAUCCUUCAAAGCGCUCUACCCGUUCACUGCACGGAACAACGAAGAGCUCAGCUUCAACGCAGAUGACAUGAUCGAGGUCGAUGAGACAACAGAGCGGGAAGAGGGUUGGCUGUAUGGAAGCAAGCAGGGGAAGAUGGGCUGGUUCCCAGAGAGCUACGUCGAGAGAGAGGCCCCAGCAGACACAUCAGCCAAUAAUACUGCCGCCGCUGCUGCUAAAGUGCCACUCCAGUCACAACUUUCCAGUGCCCUCGAGGCUGCCAAGGCAGCUGGGACGAAGUCUGCCUUCACGCCAACACACUCAGCUAACCCUGCACCAUCUGAGACACAAGGACAGCAGGUGGUGGGUAACCUGUCAGCCCAGGCCCUGUGUUCGUGGACAGCAAAGACAGACAACCAUCUGAACUUCGAUAAGGACGACGUCAUCCAGGUGUUAGAGCAGCAGGAAAACUGGUGGCUUGGAGAGCUAAACGGUGAACGGGGCUGGUUCCCCAAGACAUAUGUGACACUGAUGGGAGAAGAAGAGAGUUCAGACAUGAAGAGCUCCCCUCCUGAUGCUUCAGAGUCCAGUGACAGCCUGCAGCUGGAAGAAUUUGUGGCGCUGUACACCUACGAGUCUCCGGAGCCUGGUGAUCUGACAUUUAGAGAGGGAGAUACGAUCUUGGUGAGCAAGAGAGAGGGCGAGUGGUGGAACGGCUCUAUAGGCGACCGCACAGGCCUCUUCCCCAGCAACUACGUCAAACCUAAAGAGGCUGAUACAUCAAGCAUGUCUGGAAAGAAGAAGCCAGAGAUCGCCCAGGUGCUCAGAGCUCAUUCCUCUACCGGCCCCGAGCAGCUGAAUCUGGAAAAUAACCAGCUCAUCCUCGUCCUGAGCAAGAACCCCUCAGGCUGGUGGCUCGGAGAACUGCAGGCCCGUGGCAAGAAGCGUCAGAAGGGCUGGUUCCCCGCCUCUAACGUCAAAAUACUGGGAUCCAGCAGUGGCAAGUCGACACCUGCACCCCCACCAGUCUGUCAGGUGAUCGCCAUCUACGACUACACAGCCGCCAACGGGGACGAGAUGAGCUUCUCCAAAGGUCAGCUCAUCAACGUUUUGGACAAGAACGACCCCGACUGGUGGAAAGGAGAGCUCAACGGGGCCACUGGUCUCUUCCCCACCAAUUACGUAAAGAUGACCACAGUGGACUGUGACCCCAGCCAGCAGUGGUGUGCAGACCUGAACAAUCUGGACUCGCUGGGCCCCCAGGAGAAGAAGAGACAGGGUUACAUCCAUGAGCUGAUCCAGACUGAGGAGAGAUACGUGGAAGACCUUCAGAUAGUGCUGGAGGUUUUCCAUAAGCCUAUGUCAGAGUCGGGCCGGCUGAAGGAUGCAGAGAUGGCCAUGAUCUUCGUCAACUGGAAAGAACUGCUGGCCUGCAACACUAAACUUCUCAAGGCACUACGUGUUCGCAAGAAGACGGGCGGGGAGAACAUGCCAGUGCAGAUGAUCGGAGAUAUUCUGGCGGCGGAGCUGUCCCACAUGCAGCCCUACAUCCGCUUCUGCUCCUGUCAGAUCAACGGAGCCGCUCUGCUCCAGACUCGCAUCGACAACGAGCCGGACUUUAAGAACUUCCUCAAGAAAAUUGCCACAGACUACAGGUGUAAAGGCAUGCCGCUGUCCAGCUUCCUGCUGAAACCCAUGCAGAGGAUCACACGCUACCCGCUGCACAUCAAAAACAUCCUGGAGUGCACCGCUGAGGGCCACGCAGACAGAGGUCCUCUCAAAGAGGCUCUGGAGAGGGCAGAAGAACUUUGUCAACAGGUAAACGAGGGCGUGAGAGAAAAGGAGAACUCUGACAGACUGGAAUGGAUUCAGAGCCAUGUACAGUGUGAUGGCCCAGCAGAGAAUUUGGUCUUUAACUCUCUCACCAACUGUUUGGGCCCAAGGAAGCUGCUCCACAGCGGCAAGAUGAACAAGGUGAAGAGCAACAAGGAACUCUGGGCUUUCCUCUUCAACGACUUCCUGCUUUUGACUCACGCGUCUAAACAGUUCACCUCGUCUGGGCCUGAUAAACUGUUCAGCAACAAGAAUAAUGUACAGCUGAAGAUGUACAAGCCGCCUGUGCUGCUAAAUGAAGUUCUGGUGAAGCUGCCAGAUCCCUCCAGCGACGAGCCCGUCUUCCACAUCUCACACAUCGAUAGAGUCUACAUCCUCAAGACCGACAACAUCAAUGAACGGACAGCGUGGGUUCAGAAGAUUAAGGCUGCGUCUGAAGAAUUCAUUGAGACAGAAAAGAAGAAAAGGGAAAAGGCCUAUCAAGCUCGGUCUGUGAAGGCUAGUGGAAUCGGCAGACUCCUCGUCACCAUCUUGGAGGCCACUGAACUCAAGGCGUGUAAACCCAACGGUAAGAGUAACCCUUACUGCGAAGUGACCAUGGGAGCUCAGAUCUUCACAUCCAGGACGCUCAACGACACGCUGAACCCCAAGUGGAACUUCAACUGUCAGUUUCACAUUAAAGACCUUUACCAGGACGUCCUCUGCAUCACCAUUUUUGAAAGGGACCAGUUUUCACCUGAUGACUUUCUGGGUCGAACAGAGGUUCCCGUGGCAACCAUAAAGAAGGAGUUUGAAAACAAGGGACCGGUGACACGUCGUCUCCUGCUGCACGAGGUCCCUACGGGGGAAGUGUGGGUCCGCCUCGACCUGCAGCUCUUUGGCAACAAAUAGCCACACAGGAUGACCUGAAAUGAUAAUGGAGUCUACUACAGGCAAAAAAAUAAAGAUCUCUUCCUCCAGAUGCAGAAUAACCAAAUAAAAAAAGCUGCUUUCCGUCACCUAACGAAACUCUGAUGGACUCCCUUGCAACAAGACACUGGAAAUGUGUCUCACACAUCAUGCCUUAAUAUUUUAAUAUCAGCCAGCACUAAUAAUACCUCUUCUGAUGUCAUCUGAAUCUUCCAGUAGGAAUUAGGGCCUGAGUGACAUCACAUCAACCCACCAAUAGGAGUCUUUAGGGGAGACAAGGAGAAAGCGCUGCAUGACUGGUGCAUCUGUUUGCACCUGCACAAUAUGUACUGUACACUUAAGAGGAAGGAGCACAGCCACAGUGGAGACACAGUGUGCUGUGAAGCAGAAUCCACGUCCUCUGCUGUAAUAAUUUAUAACAUUUAGACAUAGAAAGAACUGGAGAAAGACUCUUUAGAAGCCAGUAAUCAUAAAACUCUUACUAAAGCAAUACAGCUGUAAUUCUAAAGAUUCUUAUCGAUGCUACAAAACUAGACUGUCAGCUCUGUGUCUAAAUAUUCAGUGAUUGAGACAAACUUUGCCAAGUCUGGCCAAACAAGGCCAUUUAAUGAGUUCAAGUUGAGGUAACAAGUAUUAUCUCUCAGCUCACACUAUGUAUGUGUUGGAGAGGACGACAGACGACUCUGAGUGCAUCAUAAACGGUAGAUGACGCACAGCGGCACAAAUUAUUUGAAGACAACAGAGAUGGGAUGUUUUUUUGUCAGUAGCUCUGUUCUGGAGUCAGUUUACUACUGUAGCUCUCAGGAUAUAUUGUUCUGGGUUAGUCUGUGUUUUCUUUAUCUGUUAUGUUUGUGUGUGUGCGCGUGUAUGUGUAUGCGUGUGCAUGCAUUGGGAGUUUAAACAUACCUAGUAUUUAGUUAAGAUAAAGUAACAUACAGUUACCUUCAUCCGAGAGCUCUUUAUGCUGCAAGUUUUGGAGUUAACUUGUAACUUCUGGCCUUAAUACAAGUCUUUUUUUUUAGUCUUUUAAAAUCUGUCAAUUCUUCGGGAUGAUGUUUGUCUUGACGGGAUUCUUGGGAUACAUUUAUUAGGUCAUUUUUUCCUCUUUUGUGUGCACAGUUAGCCAAGACCAAGUAGAUUAAGUGCAAAAAAAAAAAAGUCACAGGUAUGAAAAGCUGUAUCGAUGAACGGUUCUUUCUACACAAGCUGAGUCGGCUGCUCCUGCCUUCCUCUGUUUUUAUUUUUUUGUUUUUGUGUUUUUUUUGGGAUGUUAAUCUUUAGAGGCAACACAGAUUGGCACCUUGUCAGCAAUAAUAAACAGUAUUUGCUCAGUUGUAUUUUUGGUUCUCUAUACUUUUACCCUGAAAGAGAGAUCUUUAUUUUUUCUUCAUCCUCCAGUCCUCGCAUCCCUGACAGCAAUAUUGUCCGUCUGUGUUGCCUCGAAAAAGUUGACCGUUACAAACAUCCGCCAAGGAAACUCUACAAGGACAUGGUGUGUAAUAGCUUUUUAAUUUAUGUUGUCGGUAGACUUUUUGGUGUCUUCCUUUUUACUCUUUCUGUUUCUCUUUUCUAACUCUGAGCAGAUAUUAACGGGGGAAAAAAACGUGUUGUAUUUAUUUCUUAAUUUAUGCAUGUGUGACUAUCCAAAGGUUUGGAGCGACUUUGCUUGCUGUGUCAUCUUGGAUAAUCAGCUGGUAUCCACUGGGUUUGUUUUGAACGUGUGUGUGACGUCAAUGUCGAUAAUGUGUUGAAGGGAGAUAUAAGAUCUACGAUGAUUGAGUUUUACUGUAAGUAGACGAGGUGUCUAGUUGUUUAGUUAGGCCUGCUGUUUUUGUCCUCUUGUGUUCUGUUCAUUUGUCUUUUUCAAUCAACAGAGCUCUCGUUUUAAGUCCUGUAUUAACCUUGAUGUUUAUUUUUUGAAUUUGUGGAAAAAUGUGCAAAUAGGCUGGACUUACCUUCCUCCUCGUCUGUGUAGGGAUGUUAAAAGUUUGUCUUUUGUUUUACUGUUUUAUUUUCCGCAGCCUUCUGCAUUCGACUGCUGCUGUGCUAACUGAGCUUAUGGCCUCGCUAACCCGCAUUGUCUGAUCAGCCUGGAGUCUGUAACCUGCUGUUUGUACUCACUUUUGGCCUCCAUGUGGCGCUCUCUGAAUCAGGGUUUCUUAAGUCAAAAUAAAGACAUUAAAAGUGAA